CAACAUACAUAUACACCACAGUAGGCUAUUCGAACUUCCCCGGAGCCCCCGUUUUAUACGACGGACAAGUAUAAUUAGGACAGAUUACGCGGAGAAAAAAAGGAAGAAAGAAAUAAAAGAAAGAAACAUCGUUCAUCCCUAGAAUCGGUAAUUCGAGUAAAAUCAAGCUCAUCAUGAAAUACUCGACCGCGAUCGCCGUGGCUGCGGCCUCGGUCGCCAACGCUGGCUUCUGCGACGACGCCUUCAACGAGUUCGGCAACUUCUUCUGCCCGAACCCCGUCAAGCAGAUCAAGUACUCCGGCCUCGACAUCCCCGGCAAGUACCGAGCCGUCGCUUCCAUGGACAAGUCCGGAGCGUGCACGUACAAGGACAAGCCGUAUUCCGGUCCCAUCGCGCCCUUCGACGAGGAUCUGAUGGCCAUUUUCCGCGGCCCUUGCAACCUGGCCGAGUUCGCCGUCUUCACGCCCGUCGCCACAGGCAAGAAGCGUGACGUCGCCAAGCCUUACACGAAGCGGGACGUCCCUCACCACAAGCGCCACGGGCACCAGCACCUUCACCACAAGAAGCACCCGGUCGAAGCCGAGGUAGAGGUUGAAGCCGAGGAGAAGGAGACCGAGGUUGAGGCUGAGGUCGAAGAUGGAGAGAACGAGGCCGAGGCCGAGCUCGAGCUCGAGAAGCGCGCCGAGAUGGUCACCGCUGUCAUCAACGGCGUCGUGCAGACCUGGGAGAACAACUACUUCGGCCCUGCCGCCACUGCUACGGCCAAGGCCUCUGCCGCCACGUAUGCUGCCGGCACCACCGCCGCUACCUCUGCCAAGUCUUCCAAGACUACCGCGGCCGCUGCUGCUUCCGCAUCCGCUGACACCAGCUUCGAUGAUGUUGGUGACUUCAAGCGCGCUGCGUACUACAACGCUGCGGAGCAGGUCGCCGACGGCCUCGUUUUCCUCGGUAACGUUGGUGACGAUGCCGUUUCUGGUACCUUUGACACCGUUUGGGGUGCUUCUUUGGCUCUAGCCAACGAAGACGGCACCAAGGCCGCUGCUUCGCCCACCGUUCUGAAGGAUGCCGUCCUCCCGGACAACACCGAGAUCAUCAUUGCCUCCGACGUUGAGUGCGGCGCCGAUGACUGCGGUACCAUCCGCCCCGGUUCCGUCGCUUACAAGGGCUGGUCCGGACCCACCAAGGUCUUCAUCGCCAAAUUCAAGAUGCCGCUAACUGGCAAAACGGGCUUCAACCAGGACAUGCCCGCAUGGUGGUUGCUCAACGGCGGCAUCACCCGUACCGCUCAAUACGGUGGCUGCAGCUGCUGGAAGGGCGACAACAGCUCCCCCAUUGAGGGCGGCUGCGGUGAGGUCGACGUGUUCGAGGUCCUACGCGCCGGCGACACCAAGGCCAAGUCGACGUUCCACUUCGCGGCCGGCACCGGCGACUCUCACUACUUCGACCGCCCCGUCGACAAGUACAUCAACGUCGCCCUCGUCUUCCAGGCCUCGUCCUCGACGGCCUCCAUCAAGGUCCUCUCUGAUGACUUCGCUUUCCCCACGAGCUUGACAUCCGACCAGGUCGAGGAUAUGGUCGCUGAUGAGAAGGAGUUCAGCCUCCUCAGCUUGAUGACGUUUGGUGCGCUAUAAAUUCCUAUAAAUUCUUAGGUACCUAUAUGUCAAACCACGGAAGACACGGGGCGGGGAAGGUGUGACGAGAGAAUGAAGGGGGUGGAAA